GAUCCUUAUGGAAGAGCCUAUAAUUCCAGAAUUAAAAGCUGAUGAGCAACCAGAAGUCACAGAGAUUGAAAGUGUAUGCUUUCAUUGCUAUAAAACAGGAACAACUCGGCUCUUGGUCGUGAAGAUAGCGUUCUUUCGGGAAGUUAUCAUAUCCUCCUUCUCUUGUCCUCAUUGUGGUUUUGAAAACCGAGCCUUAGAGCCAGCUGCUCGAAUUCAGAAAAAGGGGCAGCGCAUCGUAUUAAACGUGCGAUCUCAGAAGGAUAUCAACCGUCGUGCAGUUCGUCCAGCAGGAUCGUCCAUUGAGAUACCUGAGCUGGACGCCUCAUUUCCCACAUCCGACGGAGAUGUAUCCACUAUCGAGGGUAUUAUAUUGGGCAUCGCUGACAAUAUUGAGAAACUGCAACCAGAAAGAAAGUUAAAGCAGCCGGAUAUAGCUGAAAAGUUACAGACAUUCCUGGGACGAUUGCGCGGUCUCCUGUUAUUGGAAAAACCAUUCACACUCAUCAUGGAUGACCCUUCUGGAAACGGAUUUAUUGAAAAUUACCUUGCUCCAGAUAAAGAUCCUCAACUUGAGAUAACUUUAUAUCAGAGAACACCGGAGCAAGACGCUGCUCUAGGAAUUCGUCCGGAUUCUGAUGAUGAGACGCCUAAUGGUGUAGUCGCGUCGUCCGAUGCGACACAUGAAACAUCUCUACCUGACGACCGGAUUGGCGAAGACGAGGUGCUCAAUUUUAACGUCAACUGUCCCAAUUGCAACGCUCCGUCGACUACUCGCAUGAAGCUUGUCGAUAUUCCACAUUUCAAGCAAAUCGUGCUCAUGGCGACAGUUUGUCCCGAAUGUGGCCACAAAGACAGUGAGGUCAAGGCGUCAGGAGGAAUCAGCCCGAAGGGACGCUUUUACCGUCUCAAAUUGACUCAUGCGGCCGACUUAUCCAGAGAUGUAUUGAUAUCGGAGACCUCAGGCAUUCGAAUUCCCGAACUGGAUCUGGAAUCAAUGGGUGGCACUUUAGGCGGGCGUUUUACGACAUUAGAGGGCCUGCUUCUGGCGGUUAGUGAUCAGGUCACAUGCAAUGCACCUCACUUUGUUGCUUCAGCUUACCAGUGCUUGUCCAUUUGUGUUGGGGGAUAGCGCACCUCAGGAUGAAAAGACUCAGAAACUGGCUUCUGUCAUUGAAGAGCUGAAAACGAUCGCUUCCGGUCAGCGUCUCGGGGUGACUUUCGAAUUAAAGGACCCAGCAGGCAACAGCUACCUACAGAAUUUGUACGCUCCUGAUCCGGAUCCUGAGCUGGAAGUGGUCGACUAUGACCGAACGCCGGCGGAAGACGAUGAUCUUGGAAUAACCGAUAUGAACACCACGAAUUAUGACGGUGCUGCAGCGAACAAAUCCGGUGACGCCUCCUGAGAGUGCCAUACGUCUGUUUCCAUUUCCUUUAUUUUCUCAUUACUCUGAACUGACCUCAACUGUAUCCAUUGCAGUGACUGAUGUCCUGUUUUUCUUCAGAGGCAACCAGUUCAAAUCCCCAUAAAUCUUUCGUUUCUCCUUUUCGGAACUUUAUCGCGACUUCGGAGUUCAUGUGGGACCGACGGGUAGCUGUUUCCCGAGUUUUCCUCAAAGUAUGGGAAGCACUAUGGUUAUGAUCCUGUCUAUCGAGUUUAACCACUUGACCGGCUGAUGAGCGAAGUGCUUCUGGCUGACUGGUGUUUUAUAGGACGCAACCACUUUCCGUUUUCUACAAACUUCUUGACGACCUCUUAUACCAUCCGGAUCUAUCUAAUGCAGAAACACCCCGAGAAUAUGCCGUUGAAACAUAGGUUCGAUUGCUGAGGAGUAUUCGGUGUUUUGACACUGUUUAAGUGGACUUGUAGAAUAAACUGUCGAUCAUUUGCAGAUUCUUUUAAAUAUCC